CUUAUGUCUCUUCAGAUCGCCUUUCGUAAUAUUUUUGACCUUUACAUAAAAAAGGCUGUUCCCCGGCUUAUGCAAGGAAAUAAAUCAAUCACCAUCAGUACAGCUGUUGUGUUAUUUAUAAUGUAUCUUUUCAAAGAAAAAAUGAUGAAGCCACCAAAGAAUCUGCGCCAUAUUCCGUACAUAGGAUAUUUUAGUAUCUUUAGAACGGUUAUUACUGGUGAAUCGUUUUGGGAUCGCACGUACAGAGUAAUUGUACCAUUUGUCGAUACUUUAAAAACCAACGGGAUUUACUUGGAAUACGGAAGACAUGGAUGGGAAUUAUUUGUAUGUAAUUCAGAUGAUAUCAGGCGGGUUUUUUUGGACCAAGACCUCUUCCCAAAGUUUUCAAUUAGGGAAGGACUCCAAGAUACUCUUUUCAUGAAGUUUAUAAAUGGAGAGAAUAUGAUCUUAGCCCACACAGAAGCCUGGAAAUCUCAAAGAAAAGUAAUUAGUCCCGCCUUUCGACGUUCUAUGCCCACCAAAGUGUUUGGUAAUUGUAUGCAGGAAAUGUUUGAGGCGAUGGAUCAAAUGGGUCCGACAAUUGACGUUUCAAACUUGAUGAGAAAGUAUACUUUAGAUGUCAUAGGAAAGGCUGGAUUUGGAUUCGACUUCAAUGCUAUCCGUGACCCAAAUAGUGAAUGGGUCAAAACCUAUGAAGGUAUUAGUAAAGCCAUGGAAGAUCCGCUGUUCUUUAUAUUUCCCAUAUUGGAUAAAGAUCUACUAUGGAUGUUCCCUAAACGCAUACAAGCCCAUAAAGAAAUGGACCGUUUCUUGAAAAUGCUAGACGGUAUAAUUCUGAAUAAAAGAGAGGCACUGGAGAAAGAAAAGCUUGAGAAUAAAGAAGAGAAUGAAAAAGAUUUAUUGACCCUGAUGAUCGAAAGCGAAAAUCGAGGUGAAGGAAAUUUGUCUAAUUCAGAAUUAAAAAGUAAUUUAUGCGCGUUCUUUAUUGCUGGCCAUGAUUCUACAGCAAGUGCCCUUUCUUAUGCAAUCCAUUACUUGGCAAAAUAUCCGAAUAUUCAAGAGAAAGCACGAGAAGAAGUCAUUAGGAUUUUGGGGGAUGAGCCAGUCGAUGUUAUCCCAACUAUCGCGGAAACAAAACAGAUGACUUACAUCCACCAAGUUAUGAAGGAGACACUACGAAUUAACAACCCUGUUCCAUUGGUUGUUCCUCGCGUUGCGGCUAAAGAUACUGAGCUGUCUGGGUUAUUUAUCCCCAAAGGUACAUUUAUCAAUCCUGCGCUUUAUACUGUGCACCAUCGCGAAAAAUACUGGAACAACAGUGAAGAAUUUGACCCAGACAGAUUUUCGCCUGGUAACGAAGAGAAUGGAGAGAAUUGGUUACCAUUUGGAUAUGGUGCGAGACAGUGCAUCGGCAUAAACUUUAGUUUAAGUGAACAACGUGUUCUUCUAUCUAUGCUUUUACGAAAAUUCACUUGGACCACACCAGCAAACUCUAUUCACAAAGACCAGGUAGUUCCUCAAGGGCUAGUGGUGAUUGGUAUUCAUAAACUGGAUAUCAGCUUUGAAAAGAGAUAUUAAUGUUACACUAGCAGUUAUAAAACGACAGUAUGAAAGAAGGCCAUUGGCAUCUGUCUAACUCAAAAAAAAAAAAAAAAAAAAAAAAAACGUUCAUAAUACAAGUGGCUUGUGAGCCCCAGGAUACACAGCGGUUUUUUAUUUUUUUUUUCAUGUGAAAUUGAAAUACAAAUAACCAAUUUCAUUCCCACCUUUUUUUUAUUU